CAGCCCAUCGCAAAGACAAGGCAACCCCUUCUUGCCGCGACAGCCCUCAGCAUCAGCGGAAACUCAACAAGUGCUUCCCAGCAGUGCAACAUGCCCGCUAAACUCAACUUCUUCUUGAUCUCUGCAUUGAUGCUGGCAGCUCGGCUACUCUGCACCCUUGGACUUCCAGUUGAAAAUGAGCCAACCGAGAGUCCGGCAGGUGACACCUCAGGUGAGGAGGAGAUGGUGCCCUCUGACCUGCUGAGCGCCUCCCCGAUUUGGGACUCAAUCCUUGGCACAACUGAACGCCACCAGAAAGAGUUUGAAGACGAAUUUGAAAAGGAGGUGAAAUAUCAUUUUCUGGACUACUACAAAAUCUCCUCACUUCCAGCAAGCUGCCCUAACUCCAACUUCAGCAAGGAGGCUUGUUUCCAAAGGUUGGCCCAAGGCCUGCACACCUACAUGGUUCUUUUUAAGCAUGUGGAGAAGGAGUACCCCGGCAGUUUAAUCCUCGCAGAAGUCAGACACUACAGCGGGCUCCUGAUCAGCCUUAUCAAAGGAAAGAUGAGGAACCCUGAACAGGUCACGGUGCUGACCGGCAGCCUGGAGGAGCAGCUGCUGAAGGACAUCGACAACCCCGAUACUUUCUACAGAAAGAUGACCGCGCACAGCAUCCUGCGCCACUUCCACGACUUCCUUCGCGAUGCCAAACGGGCAAUUCGUAAAAGAGAGAGGCCCAGAGGAAAUACUACAAACAUUAAAGUAAUAAAAAUCAGUUAUGAAGGGUUACCUUAG